UAUAUAUGUUCUUUGUCAUCAUAUGUCUUUUGAGCACCUCUGGGCAGUUUGCAGAUGCAGAGAUGUCACCUGAGUCCGUCAUUUACAUAGGCAGUUAUCCACUUUGUUCCUAUAGCCCCAGCCCAUACAUCGCGAUAGAUGAACGAAAGUUUGAAGAUUGAUGGGUUGUUCCUCUGACACGCAUGGUUCCUGCAGCCUUCGUCUCGGGCAUCUGCUCGGCUGUAUCCGACCUGCUCGUGGUCCUUGUCACUUGGUUCAAAACAUUCCGGCUAGCCAUCGAAGUGCGGAAGUUACGGUUAAACGGAUCGAUCGCGACGAUGCUGAUGAGAGACGGCACGCUCCACUUCAUGGCCCUUUUACUUCUCAAUAUCUUCAAUACCCAAUACGAGUUUUCAAGAAGUCAGUCCUCAGCCUCCAUCGCAAUUUUCCUGCUACCAAUAACGUCAAUCCUGGUGUCGCGCUUCAUCCUGAAUCUACGGCAGGUAUCGUCCGGCAGCGUGGACUUGAAUACGAUCUCUCACAGCACCCUGAACACGCCGGAAUUUCCCUCUCGCCUGGUUGGCAACAUUGGCGCCGAGCUCCAGCACACGUCUCUUGUUUUUGCGAAUGUCGAGGACAGCACGGAGGACGAGCAGAACAUCAGUGAGGAGUGUGAGUCCAACGAGUUGACGCAGCUGCAGUAGUCAUCGUACAAGCUAUGCGAUCGUUUUCAAUAGUACCGACUCUGACUGUGGGCCUGCAUUUGCACCUUGACGUAAUUUUCCAAUCGCGAUAUCCGAGCAAAAAUAACAUGCUAAGCUGACACGAAGCAUAUGCUCAAUAUAGCAUAAACAGGAAGGGGGAGAUUCGUCAGGCCAAAAGCUGCAUCCCGCUGCCAAGAUGCUGUAUGCUGUCCGGGACAUAUCGGUGUAUUGGUAGUAGCAGACAAUACAUUCC